GCUCUUCUGCGUGGCGGGCGGGAGCCGGGCGCGCCCUUCAUCCCAGCCGGAGUGGGCGACGAGUGUGUCUCCGUGCAUCGGGAUUCCUAAUAAAGUUCGCCAGAAAAACCAUAACCGUUCUGCAAGAGCGGAGCGGGUGCGAGGCGUCCGCGGGGAGGAGCCGGGCUCGGUGCUGCGGGCUGUGGGUUCCGGGCUCGGUGCUGCGGGUUCCAGGUUCCGGGCUGCGGGCUCGGUGCCGAGGGUUCCGGGCUGCGGGCAGGAGCUUCUAGGGUGAAGAAUUGUGAGGUAGAGGAAAGGACGUUGACGUCCUAGAACCGAGCCAGUGUGCACGGCGGCUGGAUGAAGGAGGUCAGAUCUGGCUGUAGGUUUGCAGAGGCGAUCUGACCACCUGGAACUGGAGCUGGUCCAGAGACCAUUUCUGUGGCAAACAUGUUGGAGGAAGACGUGGAAGUAGCCAUUAAGAUGGUGGUCGUGGGGAACGGGGCCGUCGGAAAGUCCAGCAUGAUCCAGCGAUACUGCAAAGGCAUUUUCACAAAAGACUACAAGAAGACCAUUGGGGUCGACUUUUUAGAGCGACAGAUUCAAGUUAACGAUGAGGAUGUCAGGCUAAUGUUAUGGGACACCGCAGGCCAGGAGGAAUUUGAUGCGAUCACGAAGGCGUACUAUCGAGGAGCUCAGGCCUGCGUGCUUGUAUUCUCCACCACAGACAGGGACUCUUUUGAGGCCAUUUCCAGCUGGAGAGAAAAAGUAGUAGCGGAAGUUGGAGAUAUACCAACUGUGCUUGUACAAAACAAGAUUGAUCUGCUGGACGAUUCUUGUAUCAAAAAUGAGGAAGCCGAGGCCCUGGCCAAAAGGCUGAAGUUAAGGUUCUACAGGACGUCUGUGAAGGAGGACCUGAAUGUGAACGAAGUUUUUAAGUAUUUGGCUGAGAAACAUCUACAGAAACUCAAACAACAAAUAACGGAAGAACCAGAGCAGACACAGUCAAGCAGUAACAAAAUCGGUGUCUUUAAUACGCCCGUCGGAAGUCACUUGGGUCAGAAUUCAAGUACCCUCAAUGGUGGAGACAUCAUCAAUCUUAGACCUAACAAACAAAGGACCAAGAAAACCAGAAAUCCUUUUAGCAGCUGUAGUAUACCCUAAAUUGUUUCAGGGAGGAGAGGAGCAGAAUUGCAUCAGCAGUUCACUGAGAACCGCCCCCGCGUCGGGUGUGGUGAGUUAGCGUCUUAGGGGACCUUGCACCUCGCUCUGAAGGCUGACAUUGUAAUGAUGGAUGCCUGCAGCGCUUGUCGGAAUGUAGCUCCAGACCUCUGCUGGAGGAGGACCGCCUUGCGGACUCGUUCUAGUUUUUCCCGUUAGACGAAGCACCUCCUGUUUUUGAAGGGACACCAUAGGACAUGUCGAAAACAGGUCUGCUGAAUUUUAAAUGCUGAGAACAAAAUGAAACGGCUAAAUAUAUUGGUACCAGUUUUACCCUUACGGACCAAGGAGAGAUAGCAAGCGUUCUUUUUCGGGAAUGUUCAUUCUGAAUGCUUAAGGAGAGGACUGAAGGAAGACCUUGGACCGACCGGUCAACCUGCACCAGUGUGUGCUGUCACGGCACUUGUGCGGCGUCUGUGAGGUGUAGACUGUGGGCGUGUGCAUGCGGACACCCGGCUCCAGCAAGCGGAGAUCUGUGCGCCGGUGAAGGGUUUGUAGAUUCUAAGUAAUCCGCUCAUACAACCAUUUAUACAUUGUGUACCUUUCUGGUCUCACACGAGAACUCCGAGACAUAUUUUAUAAAACGAAUUUGAACUUAAAUGUGCCAUGUGCCAAAACAGCCCCCUGAUUUUUACAGUGCUUUACUACUGGAAUUUGUAUCUGUGGCGUCUUUUAAAGGCAGUUUCCUCUCCCACCGUGAGGGGAGGGGAAGGUAAACAUCUGAGUGCCAGGGCCUCUCCCCUGUGGAGUCUCCCAGGCCUCUGUAGGCAUGGCGAGCUCCCGCUGUGACAAGCUUAGCCUCCUCCCCAGGUCCACAGGGCUCUGAACUUUGAAGAUGGAGGGAACCAUUUUUUCAGAACAUACAAAGGAUAGUCUUUGGUCCUGACCCAGGUUAUGGAUUUUCCGAAGCCUUGCAACUCUAAAGCGUUCUUGUGUUUACAAGCCUUGUAUAGCGUUUUAAGAUUAUUGCUUAAACUUUUCUGUGGCCUUUGGUUUACAUGGCACCUUAUCAAGAGCGGUUAGUCCCGAAAUGUCUGUGAAGAAAUGACCCAGUAUGUCAGUGAUGGGUGCAGACCUGCAAGUCGGGACGCUAGCCUGCCAAAGAGAUAAUUUCAUGAGUUCUCUUAAAAACUGAUUUUUUUUUUUUAAUCAGUGGUUAUGUUUUUAAAGUUAUAAACUCCUUUCCACAUUACUGGUUUUCAUGGGAUUUCAAAAUACAUAAAAAUGAUUUUUCUUGGAAAAUGUGCUAUGAAGUCGUUUCUGUUAUUUUUACUAAAAUAUAUAAAUGUUUGAUGUAUUCUCUCUCUUUUUUUUUAAAGGUUACCCCCAUUGUACCACCCUUAUCCUGCCCAGAUUAACGUUGAGAGCAUAGUAGAAAUCGCUGGGUGCCCUUGUGACGUAGUCCAGACUGAUGGCGUGCUUUUCACAACACCGAACCGAUCGGGCAUCACCCAUCCCCGAGUAGUACAGGUGUUUGUUUUGUGUUAGUCAGUUGUUGGCACCCCCACUGCUGGUAGUGGAGUUAGAGUGGGGGGAACUUGGUUCCUAACCAGGGUACCUAGGUACCUGCGGGAGUCAUGUCUUGUCUCUCCAAAUACAGUCUCUUUAGUUUUUGCACAAAGUGUAUUUGGUGGCAAAUAAUCUUAAUUGUCAUUUUUUAAUUGGCAGAAUUAGAUUGGAAGAAUCCAUUAUAGAACAUUGCCGCUUCAUUCACAGUCACUAAAUGUGUGGUAAAGAAACGUGUAAUACUUCUCUAUAAAACAAUGACCCAGUCUGAUGAUGGCGGCUGGUUCCUUAAUAUUUGUAACAGAAUUUUAUGUACUUUGUUUUAUCCUUUUUUUUUAACGGAAGCCUUUGUUACACAUUUGAAUUUUUACUUUGCAUUGCUAUAUUUUAUACUUAACUAUAAAAGGUCUAAAAUCAGCCACAAGUCAUAUUAGUUUAUCAGUGUGUUCAAUUCUGAAACCUUCAGAGGUCAUAUUGUUUUCUUUUGUGACUGUGACUUUUAAGAACUCAAUACGGGGGCUGGAGAGAUGGCUCAGCGGUUAAGAGCACUAGCUGCUCUUUCAGAGGUCCUGAGUUCAAUUCCCAGCAACCACAUGGUGGCUCACAACCAUCUGUAAUGAGAUCUGGUGCCCUCUUCUGGUCUACAAGCAUACAUGAAGGCAGAACACUAUAUACAUGAUAAGUAAAUAAAUCUUUAAAAAAAAAAAAAAAAAAAUUUAAAAAAAAAAAAGAACUCAAUACGGAGUUCUGGUGAAAGCCCUUUGGUGACGCUAGAGAACCCUGUCCAGGACUCCGGGCCAUUGUCCAUCUGCGCUCCAGUUGACUCUUUGGCAUACAUCGUCACCGGUUUUUAGUGUCAGGCACAGAGUUGCGGAAUAAUCGCCAUAUCUAAGCAUUCCUCAGGUUUCUUCUUCCAGUGUCUGCCUGUGAAUUCAGUAGUAUCUAAAACAGCCCAUGGAGGGCAAUACAAGUAAAAGCAGGUCGACCUGUUUCUGUCCACUCGAAGUGACAGCCCACAUCCUCUUCAGAUGAAAGCUAACCCGACCACAGAGAGGAUGUGUGACCCUUCCCUGCAGAGUGAAGUCAGAACGCAGGAGUGUGGGCCCCCACGGUGCCUGCCCCCGGGACCGGGGCCUUGUCAGAAGGUUAGGGUGGGUUGGCCAUAGAACCUGAUGUCUCCCCCUGAAGUGUUGUGCUCGUGUAAUGUGAGGCGUUCUGGAGUGAUUCUGGUACCUGCUGUGAGGCGCUCCGGGGGGCCCUUGUUACAGCAGCUCUGGCUGCCGGGGGCCACAGGGUGAAGGUUUCCUCCGCGGUACACCAACAACUUCAGGGCUUCACAUAUGAACCGUGAAAGGCUGUCAUACAAAUGAAGUUACCUGCAUACAGGUAAAUAAACCCCAGUCGGGUCUGAGACACCCGGGCACCAAGCUCCCAGAUAACGGAACAAUCUGGCCACAGGACUCUGAUACUACUCCUGGUGUCUCUUGAAGUAUCUAUCAUAGGAUGUUGAUAAAUGGUAUUUUAAAAAUAAAAUCUUUGGAUCAAAGGAAAAACUUAACCCCUUCUCUAUUUUUGUUACUAAUAAAUAAUGCUUUUGUAAAUCGGAAUGGGGAACGACUUGUAUGCAUUCCUGCUGAGUGGUACUUACGCCUUUGGGAUUAAUUUAAAAAUGUACUACUUGAUUACAGUUUCAACAAAGAUGAAUUCCAGUAACCAACACAAUAAAACAUUUCAAAGCUAGAA